GCGCUCCUCCUCCCGUCUCGCAUCCUGUUUCUUUCUACAGUGGAGGCUGCUCCUUCCUCCUCUUCUCCCCCUCUUCUCUCCUCUCUCGCCUCCACUUGAGAAGAACACGGCAGAAAAAAAGGAAAAAAAUAUAUCCUUUUUUAUUAUCUUUAAUAAAUCAAGAACAGGGAGAGGAGGAGGGGAGGGGGGAGGAGGAGCAAUCGGAAGUCCGCUGCAAUAAAUUCGCAGGAAAAAAGGGGCAGAAGGAUAAGGGGAUACGGAAGGGGGUGAAAUCAGCUGCAUCGGUUUAUUGGUUGCUCAUUAAUCUGGCAUUUCUGCUGUAGUCGUAGCAUUCUUUUUGGGAAGUACUACAGGCGAGAAGCAAGGAUGGUUCCCAGCUAUGACUGCGCCGCCUCCGUGCUGCUGUGCGCGGAGGACAACACGGCUAUUCUCGGCCUUGAUGACGAGGUCGGGGACGAGGAGUGUUCUUGGGCGGCGGCCACUCCGCGCCGCCACGCCGCCACCGCCGCCGCCGCCGCGGAUGGUUUCUUGAUGGACUACCCCGUGCAGUCCGAUGAGUGCAUUGCGGCGCUCGUCGAGAGGGAGGAGGAGCACAUGCCCAAGGAGGGGUACCCCCAGGAGCUGCGGCGGCCGCUUGGGGAGCUGGAUUUGGCCGCCGUUAGGAGGGACGCCGUAGAUUGGAUUUGGAAGGUGAUUGAACAUUACAAUUUUGAGCCGUUGACUGCGGUCUUGUCUGUCAACUACCUUGAUAGGUUCCUCUCCGUCUAUGAACUUCCUGAAGGCAAAGCUUGGAUGACACAGCUCUUGGCAGUGGCUUGCUUGUCCUUGGCUGCAAAGAUGGAGGAGACUUAUGUGCCACUCCCCUUGGACCUGCAGGUGGGUGAUGCAAAGUUUGUGUUUGAGGCAAGAACCAUAAAAAGGAUGGAGCUUCUGGUGCUAAGAAUCUUAAAGUGGAGGAUGCGAGCUGUGACUGCUUGCUCAUUUAUUGACUAUUUCCUUCACAAAUUCAAUGACCGUGACGCACCCUCCAUGCUUGCAUACUCCCGCUCGUCUGACCUUAUCUUGAGCACAGCUAAAGGAGCUGAUUUUUUGGUGUUCAGACCUUCAGAGCUUGCUGCAAGUGUUGCACUCGCUUCAUUUGGGGAGUGCAAUAGUUCAGUACUUGAGAGAGCUACAACUAGCUGCAAGUAUAUAAACAAGGAGAGAGUGUUAAGAUGCUAUGAAUUGAUUCAAGACAAUAUAACAAUGGGAAACAUUGUCCUAAAGUCUGCUGGAUCAUCGAUUUUCUCUGUGCCUCAAAGCCCAAUAGGCGUGUUGGAUGCUGCUGCAUGUCUCAGCCAACAAAGUGAUGAUACUACUGCUGGAUCUCCAGCAACAUGCUACCAAAACUCUUCAGCAAGCAAAAGAAGGAGAAUUGGCAGAUGAUCGAUCUCAUUUUGUGUUGUGCUUCAGGUGUGUUGCUCAACGUUUUGGCAUUUUUGUCGUUUCAAACAUCUCAAUUUAGUUUGUUCACUCGAGAAUUAUGGCAUUGUCAAGUAGUUGCUGGAAGGAACAAAACCACAUAGACAAUACUUGACUCACACACAAAAAACCGUUUGCCAUGAGCCUAUUCAUGCAAUUGACAUAUGCAAGGGGCAUGCCAAGUUGCUAGGGUCCAGGGAUGCUAGUGUAGGCAGAGGAGUAAGAAAUAUGCAUGUUGUAGAGAUGAGAGCUCUCUUGUCCUAUUUUGUAUUUGUUUUCUAUUCCAUUUCCCAUGAACUUUUGGCAAGGGUUGCUUUGAUCACUGAAGGUGUUGAAUGAAAACAAUCCAAAAAGGGAUCUGCAGAGAAACAUAACAGUUUAUAUUGGUUAUCAAGAGUUCAUCAAUUUUGUCGA